AUGACUAUUGCUGCAUAUGCGUAUGAAACAAAUGAAGCAAGAAGAGCACAUGAACUAGUAAACGAAAACUCAACUUUAACCAUUGAAGGCAAUGAUUUAGUCAUUGACGAUGGAAAAACUAAAAAAGUCAUUGAUUUCGAUACUUUUAACACUUAUGACCCAUUCAUUACAACAAGCAAGGUUCCCAUCAUAAAUGAUGGAACGGUGCAAUAUAUAAAUUCUACAGUAGAUGCCUCAUUAGUGAAAGUAUUAAAUGUUCUCAUUGAAUUGUUAAAGAGCUUUCGAUUUGACGACAACAUUAAAUGCCUAAAGAAUUUAGUCAUGAAUGAGAAACAAAUUCUCGGCGUUGCUGGUAGCAGUAAUGAUGUACACCUUAUGACAUUAGAAUAUUAUAACGAACAUAAAGAUGAACUGAAAGGAGAGAAGGGUGACACCGGACCUCAAGGACCACAAGGAAUACAAGGAAUACAAGGAAUACAAGGACCUCAAGGCGAAAACGGUUUGGAUGGUGAAGAUGGAAAGGAUGGAAAAACUGCUAAAUCAUGGAUAUGGAACCUUAUAAAUACUGGUUUAACAGCUGCUUCAUAUGGAGUUCUUCAAUACCAAAUCGGAAAGAUAUGGGCAGUACUUGGUGAAGAAGUUUUAGAUGACGUUAAAAAUGCUUUGA